ACAAAGGGAGCAGCCAAUAUUCAUUUAUCCACCCAUCUAUCCAUUCAGCGGCUGCUUGCGCGGUGCAGUGGUGGUGCAGUUUGUGUAGCGAGGCACGUGCGUAAAAAUGGGGCCCAAAACGCUGUCUAAGCAGCCCGCUAAAGCUUCUUCAUCCACUUCCAAGCGCACCGCCGGCCCCACAAUAAGCAAGCAGACGGAGGACAGCGAUGACGAAGGGUCAAGCAGCGCCUACUCCGACUUGGAGGACUCCGAAGGAGCCGACAGCAGCGACUCGAACGAUUUGUCGGACACGGAGGCGUCGGAGGAUGACUACGAUGACUCCCAAGACGAAGAAAACACGAAGAUUACUUUGACUGGGGUGGAGGGGAAGGACCUUGAGCUGAGGGGGAAAGACCAGGAGGCACCGGUGGAGUCUGGCAAGAGGUCGGCAUGGCACCGGCAGCAAGAGGACGCCAAGGAGGACAAACAAACGCAAGUGGUGGAAGAUGAAUAUGCCUUUGACUCUUCCGACGAAGAGGACGUUCGCAACACGGUUGGCAACAUUCCUCUGGAGUGGUACGAGCACUAUCCGCACAUCGGUUAUGAUCUGGAAGGCAAGCCAAUCCUGAAGCCGCCUCGGGUUAGUGACCUGGACGACUUCCUGAGGAAAAUGGAUGACCCCAACUAUUGGAGGACGGUGAAGGACAAGAGCACGGGACAGGACGUUGUCCUGACCGACGAAGAUGUGGACCUGAUUCAGAGGCUGCAGAAAGGACAGUUCCCCAGCUCGACGACUGACCCUUACGAGCCAUUUGAGGACAUCUUUUCGCACGAGACCAUGAUCCACCCGGUGACCAGGCACCCUCCCCAGAAACGCAGCUUCGUGCCUUCAAGGAUAGAAAAAGCAAUGGUAUCAAAGAUGGUGCACGCAAUCAAGAUGGGCUGGAUCAAGCCCCGAGUAAAGAAGCAUGACCCAGAAAGAUUCAGCCUCCUGUGGGACAAGGAUGACUCGACAGCGGGCAGCAACGAGCGAAUGCAGCGCCACAUCCCGGCACCCAAGAUGAAGCUGCCGGGUCACGAGGAGUCUUACAACCCGCCGGCCGAAUACCUCUUCACCAAGGAAGAGGAGGCCAAGUGGAGAGAGCAGGAGCCCGAAGAACGGCGCAUAAACUUCCUGCCCGCCAAGUACCCAUGUCUGCGCGCAGUCCCAGCCUACGAACGCUUCAUUGAGGAGAGGUUUGAGCGCUGCCUGGAUCUCUACUUGUGCCCGAGGCAGCGGAAGAUGAGGGUGAAUGUGGAUGCAGAGGACCUGAUUCCUCAGCUGCCCAAACCCAAGGACCUGCAGCCUUUCCCGAGCAUUCAGUCUAUUGUCUACGAGGGUCAUACGGACUGUGUCCUCUGCCUGUCUUUGGAGCCUGCGGGACAGUUCUUUGCAUCAGGGUCCGAGGACGGCACCGUUCGCAUCUGGGAGCUCUUGACGGGCAGGUGCCUCAAGAAGUUCCAGUUCGAGGCGCCCGUGAAGAGCGUGGCCUGGUGUCCCAGUCAGAGUGUCUGCCUUCUUGCCGCUGCCGUGGACAAGACUGUGUACAUUCUGAAUCCCGGUGUUGGGGACAAACUGCUGUUGAGCACCACGGACACCGUGUUGUCUGCUCUCCCCGAAGAGUCCUCAGGCCAGGCGGCGGUAGUGGAGUGGGAGCAGACGUCGGCCUCCUCUCCAGAGUUCCUCUCCCGGGGGGAGCGUCUGCGGGUCGUUCACUGCCACGGUGUGGUGCAGGUGACGUGGCACUCGAGGGGAGACUACUUUGCCACUGUCACGGCCGAGGGACAGGCCACCGUGCUCGUCCAUCAGUUGUCCACGCGGCGUUCGCAGGCUCCCCUGAGCAAGGCGAAGGGCGGGGUGUCCCGGGUGCUGUUCCACCCGCUGCGCCCCUUCCUGCUGGUGGCGUGCCAGCGCACGGUGCGGGUCUACCACCUGCUCAAGCAGGAGCUGGCCAAGAGGCUCACAUCCAAUUGCAAAUGGAUCUCGUGCAUGGCCGUCCACCCCAAGGGGGACAACGUCAUCACAGGCAGUUUUGAGAACCGUCUUACCUGGUUUGACAUGGAUUUGUCCGUGAAGCCCUACAAGACCCUCCGGCACCACAAGGGGGCCAUUCGAGAAGUGGCCUUCCAUCGGAAAUAUCCGCUGUUUGCUUCUGCAUCUGAUGAUGGCACAGUUAUCGUCAGCCAUGGCAUGGUUUACAGCGACUUGAUGCAGAACCCGCUGAUCGUGCCUGUGAAGGUGCUGCGCGGUCAUGCCAUCAGCAAGGGUAUGGGUGUGUUGGACUGCGCCUUCCAUCCCCACCAGCCGUGGAUAGUCACGGCUGGAGCAGACAGCACGCUGCGGCUCUUCACCUAAGCCGGGACGUCGUCUGGUGUACAUAGUGAAUCGUCAAGACCAUGCCAAUAAAAGGACUCCACACUA